AUGAAAGCGUAUGCCAUUGUUCUCAUAGUCUGCGGCUCUGUGGCUGCCUUGAUUAUAUUCUUGUGCUGUCUCUGCGGUGGUCGCCGGAAAAAGAAGCCCACUAAGCCCCCCGCCGCAGCAGCAGCAGCAAGGACCGUAACUCCGCCUAUCCGGGAAGCUCGCCGAGACGUCGAGAUAGGGGGGGUGGCCAAAAGCAGCACCGGGAAAGAUGGCGGACUGAUGGUUCUAGGAGGUGCUGCUGCUGCUAUUGCGGUAGCAACUGUGGUCAGUAGCAGUGGUGGGUGUGGUGGUGGUGGUGGCGGCGGAGGCGGAGACGCCGGCGGCGGUGGAGGAGACGGCGGAGACGGAGGCGGGGGCGGGGGUUGCGGCGGCGGUUGUGGCGGCGGUUGUGGCGGAGGUUGUGGAGGUUGA